AGGAAGGAAGGAAGGGUGGAUGGGUGUCUGUCUGUCUGUGCUGAGCUGCUUAGUUAGCCUAGACAGCACCUCUGCCGCCGCUGCGGUGGAUGUUUUCAUGUUGCUUGGGGUAUAGUUUGGAGGAGAGGAGGAGUUGGAAGCAGUGACUAUUAGAAGCAGAGAAUAGAGUGUCUGUGCUUCUGAGGGACCUCCUCUCUUUCUCCUUGCCUGUGUGUGUUAUCGAAGCAGCUCCCUGCGCUUGCCCUGCAGUGCCCGGGUAGGGGCUCCUGGGCAGAGAGCGUCUGUGUCCCCUGAGACUGGUGCUCUGGUGGGGUGCGUGUGCACGCGCGUUUUUAGGGCGUUGGGGGGUGGAGGUUGUGUCUGAACCGGUUAAGAAGAAUGACUUUGGAGUCCAUCAUGGCGUGCUGCCUGAGCGAGGAAGCCAAGGAAGCCCGGCGGAUCAACGACGAGAUCGAACGGCAGCUGCGCCGGGAUAAGCGGGACGCCCGUCGGGAACUGAAGCUGCUGCUGCUGGGCACAGGAGAGAGUGGCAAGAGCACGUUCAUCAAACAAAUGAGAAUCAUUCAUGGAUCAGGUUACUCUGAUGAAGACAAAAGGGGCUUUACAAAAUUGGUGUACCAGAAUAUAUUCACAGCAAUGCAGGCCAUGAUCAGAGCCAUGGAUACCCUCAAAAUCCCAUACAAGUAUGAACAUAAUAAGGCUCAUGCACAGCUAGUUCGAGAAGUCAAUGUAGAGAAGGUGUCAACUUUUGAGAAACCCUAUGUAGAUGCAAUAAGAAGUUUAUGGAAUGACCCUGGAAUCCAGGAAUGUUAUGAUAGACGACGAGAAUAUCAGUUAUCAGAUUCAACUAAAUAUUACCUUAAUGACUUGGACCGCAUAGCAGAUUCCACCUAUCUGCCAACUCAGCAAGAUGUGCUUAGAGUUCGAGUCCCAACAACAGGGAUCAUUGAAUAUCCAUUCGACUUACAAAGCGUCAUUUUCAGAAUGGUAGAUGUAGGAGGCCAACGAUCGGAAAGAAGAAAAUGGAUACAUUGCUUUGAAAAUGUCACAUCUAUCAUGUUUCUAGUAGCUCUUAGUGAAUACGAUCAAGUGCUUGUGGAGUCAGACAAUGAGAAUCGAAUGGAAGAAAGCAAAGCACUCUUUAGGACAAUUAUCACAUAUCCAUGGUUCCAAAAUUCUUCAGUCAUUCUGUUCUUAAAUAAGAAAGAUCUCUUAGAGGAGAAAAUAAUGUACUCUCAUUUAGUUGAUUAUUUCCCAGAGUAUGAUGGACCACAACGGGAUGGACAAGCAGCACGAGAGUUCAUCUUGAAGAUGUUUGUAGACCUGAAUCCAGACAGUGACAAAAUUAUCUACUCCCACUUCACAUGUGCUACAGACACAGAGAAUAUACGCUUUGUCUUUGCUGCCGUCAAGGACACAAUCCUACAGUUAAACUUGAAGGAGUACAACCUGGUCUAACUGUGCCUAGGAGGUCCUCCAAGACCAUCUUUGCAUGACUGAAGAUACACAAGAGGGACUGUAUUAUCUGUGAAAACAAAUUUCAUGCAAUGUAAUACUAAUUUAUUGCUGGCCUGGACUCUGUGAAUGUCCACAUAGUUUUUAGUUAAUAUUACGAUUAUAUUUAAACUAUAUGGAGGAUAAACAAAAGAUGCUGAACUACAUUCACAGUACAUUUUCAUAUUUUUUAGGCAAAACCUUGUGACUCAAUGGGUUUUAAAUUUUCAGUUGUGCACUCACAAAGAAUAAAAUUUUUUUGCUAUUGAGGCAAAAUCAAGUUGGUUUCCUCUUUCCCUGACCCUUUCUCUCUCCCUUCUCCCUCCUUCCCUUAUGUUUUUAAAGGUACAUUUUCCCAGUUGCGUUCCUUGGUGAAAUAUUUUCUGUUUGAUUUGUUCAGGAAAAAUGCUAUAAUCAGAAAUGAAGUUAUCAGUCGUUCAGAUUUUACAGAAUGUACUUUCUCUGAAGGAUCAAAAGUAUUGAUAGUGUGAUUUUUAAAUUCUUGACAUGGAUGUCAUUCUGUCUUCACUUCUGAGGCUAUAAUAUUGGGAUAGCAAAUUGAAAAUAGUUGUGUAUGGAUUAAGAACUUAAACAUACUUUCAUAGUUUAGAAAGAUGCAUAGAAGACAGUAAUGAAAUAAAGACACAAAUCUGAGAUACUCAUGGAAAUUCAUAGAAUCUCUUUUUAAUUGCCAUGUGCCAUUAUUUUAAUAUUUUCUUUUUUUCAGAAAUGUCAUGGACACUGCAUUUUCCCAAGUGAUUACAGCUUGAAACAGUGGUGUGUUGGGGUGGUUUAUUUUCCAGU